AUGGACGCCUCCUCCCUCCGCAUCUCCAAGUUCGAUGGAACUAACUUCCACGCCUGGAAGUUCAAGAUGCAGAUGGUGCUGGAGGAACGGGACCUAUGGGAGGUCGUCAGCGGUGAGUCAAGAAAGGCGAUGGCAGUGAUCUGUCUAGCCAUGGAAGAUUCCCAGCUACCGUUGGUCCGGUCGGCAAGUGGUGCAUGCGACGCAUGGUCAAGGUUGGAAGACCACUUCGAGAAGAAGAGUCUUGCCAACAAGCUGUUCUUGCGCCGUCGCUUCUUCACGACAAUGAUGGAAGAAGGCGACGAUGUGCUCGAACACAUCAACAAGCUCAAGACACCGGCCACAGCGUGCUCAAGACAGCGGCGACCGCUAUCGAUCACAACGUGCAAACGUCGCUCAAGAAGAAGACUCGGGCGACUACCUCUUUUCGAUCGGUGA